AUGACCACCACCAUUUCCAACGCGGUAUCUUCUUUUCUUCUUUUAACCAAAUUCACUCUUCGUCGAGAGACCAACGAGAUGAGCGGAGAAGAAGGAACGAACUCGUUGGAAACGCUCGUUCUGAUUUUAUUCACCGGUGUACUCUCCUUCUUCCCGACGCUCUUUGCCGUUCGACGAUGGAUAUUUCCUUCGCUGUUGCAAUUGGGAUUGAAAUUUGUGGCGACGAAAGGCGUGCGCGUGACGGUCGGGUCGAUUGGGUUCCUUUCCGCGACGGAUGUGAUUUUGAACUUUUCGUCUCCUGCUGAAGGAGGGGGAGAUAUCGAGCAGAUAUCCAUCGGAGAAAUCAGAUACGCGGGAAGACUGAGGCACUUGGUGAAUUGGAUGUUGAAAACGUUAUAUUCACCGUCUCCUGCAACUGGAAGUACGUCUUCAACUACUACCAGCACCACUACUACUAUCAAGGAAGGAGAUGUUGACGUGCCCGAAGAAGGAGACGACGCCUCGUCGAGUAAAGAAGUUGUCGUGCAAAAUCGGAACAGGAUGAUGAACGUCCCCAUUCGAUGUUUCGACGUGCAAGUUAAAAGACGGAGCGCGAGGAAGACAAAUAAACAAGAAGAUUACGAGGACGAUUUGGAUGGCGAUUACGUCGAGGAAGAGGAGGAAGAGGAGGAGAAGGCGAAAUCGACGAGCAACAUCACCACCACCAACAACAACACAAACGACAAUAAAACAGAUAGGGCGAGUAAACGGAUAAAGGAAAGUUUUAAGAAGCGUGUCGUCGCGAGGUUUCUCUCGCUUUUGGAAAUCAAUUUAGUAGAUUUAAGAGUGUACGAUGAGGAUGUUUUCACCGUUACGACGACACAAAUGGUUUUGACGACGAAACCUGUAGCAGAUGCGCUGACGGUGUUCGUGAAUAUGCCAAACGGCAUUCGAAUAGUUCCGAAAUCGGUUCGCGUCGGUAAGAAAGACAAUGUUGCCAUAGCAAUUUCGAAAGUAUCGUGUUCACUCAGGGCUGAUUUGACGAAAAUAGGUAAAGUGAGCGAUGUGCAAGUUGAACUGUUGGGGAUAGAUCCAGUAUUCACGGAUGAUUCGCAGGAUUUGUUCAAUCACGCGUGGAUAGAAAGCGUUCGAAUUCAUCAAGUUCGCGAUGAUAGGAGGGUAAAAGACGACACAAACAUCAAAUCUACGUUUGCUCUCGGGUACGAGAUCAGGAAUGCGCGCUCUGAAUGUUUUUGUUUCCAAAACUCGCUCGCGGAUGCGCUCGUGCAGGAUCAAAUAGAUUCCAACACGUUGAAUGCACGCGUAAAGUCUUCGGUUUUAUUGACUGUGCCUGAAAUUAGUGGAGUGUUUCGAGCAACAAAUAGCGAUCGGCGCAAAGGACGAAGCAGUAGAGGCACCAUGGAUGAAGCUGGCGGCAACAAAAAUACGACCGCGUCAAUGAAAAUGUUGGGUGUUUCGCUCGAUUUUCAAGAUGAUUGUUCUCUGGAAACUUACUCUCGAAAAGUUGAAAUCGGCAAACUCGAAAUUGAGCAUCACUCAAGCAGUACCCAAACGGUGCAACCGGCAACGACGAAAAUAACAAUGGAUUACGUGCAGAUGGACUGGGAUCCUGAUGCACAUUUCCUAAUCGAAACGCUUUCAGAAGAUACGAAAAAGUUCCUCGGGAGUCUGGCCUUCCUAAAGACGAAGGAUCAGUCCAAGCAGGAGAAAGAGAUGAAAGCAUCGCGGGAUCGUAACAUUUCCCUUGAUGCUACCAACGUUUCGUUUGCUGCGGAUUUGACGCUCGGAGCGAAUGUUCGCUUCGCUUCGACGCGCGUACAUCUCGAACAGAUCUCGACGAUAAACGUUGAAAAUUUUGAAAUCGAAACAAACGCGGAGACGUUUUUCACGACGAAAUCGCUCGCCCUCGAGAAGCGAAAGCACGAUAGCGGUUGGGAUAUCACAACGAGUACAGCCGCUGUUAAGUUUGCUCGAGACUUAGAUUUCGGCGAUUUUUACGCUGCUUUGUUCGCUGGCGAGAGUGCUUUCAAACAAGCGCUGAAGAAGUUCACCUCCACGGCUGCCUCCGCAGCCGACAAGUCCAAAAUCAUCUCCAAAAAAGCAUCAUCGAAUGAAAAUGGAACAGUUUUGAAUUUACCGGAUUCGAUAGGAGAAGUGCGCUGGAAGUCGACCGGAGGAAACACGUUCAUAAUCGAAGAUUCAGAUAAACUCGAAAGCUUCUUGCGUAUGCAAGAAAAAUUUCUGAAGCCGGAAUUGAAACGCUCGAGAAAAUUAUUAAGAGACGCUGACGAAACUAAGGAUGCUCAAAUGAUUCAGCAAAUAUUUCAGAAUGUUGCAAAAGCGUAUAAGAAAGGUGUCGAUGGCUUUAACGAGAAUAAGAAGAAAGACGUGCACUUCCUGAAUCUGGUGGAUAAUAUUUUGACAGUUCGUGCGCAAACGCUGGAUUGGUCUUUCAAAUAUGGUUGUGACGCAGACGAACGUGAGAAAAUAGGACAUUUCUGCCGUUGCACCGACGCUCCAUACUCGGAUGGCGUCGAUUUGCACAUAACCCAAUACCAAACCGUCGAUUGGACGUGCGAAAAGUUUGAUAUGUUCCUGGGUGGCGAGGAUUGCGCUAUGUUCGAGGCAAAAACCAUUUCCAUGCAAGGACCGGUUGUUUUAGCAAAGCAGAGCGUCCAGUCCAAAGACACGCACUUACUACCGUUCCCGGUCGGCAAGCGAAGAUUUGCAGCCAUCCGCUCGGCUCAAUCUCCUUCUAGGCCAAGCGUUUUAGCGUUCACUAAUUUAACGCAGACUUGGAUUGACGGGAAAGUACGGUAUUUGGCAUCCUCAGAACCGAAGUACGCUAUUCUUUCGCGCGAAAUAUCAAAUCGUAUGGUUCCGAAAUCAAGGCAUCGUGAUGCCCCUAACGACGAUUCAUCUCCGGCAAAAGUAAAAGACAACUUUCCGUGGUGGGAUAACUUAAGGAACUUAUGGCGAGGUGACUUCACGAUUAUCGCAAGGAACUCUCAAAUCGUCCUGGAUUCAUCUUUGAAGGAUACUCAAACUCGUCACGCGCUUGCUUUCAAAGCCUCCAAAUGCGAAAUGUCUUACAAAUCAGGGCAUAUCCUUCUCCGCGCUGCUCGCUUUGCCGUAUCGAGGGAACCUUCUUUUUCGGAUGCAGUUUCCCAUACGCUUUUUGUUGCUCCGGCGGUCGAGAUUGGUGUGAAGUAUGAAUGGUUGACUAAAGAUAAUAUAAACGGAUACGCGACAUCGUAUCGUUUCGAUCCAACAACAGGCGUAGAAUUGCACACCCUGUCUGAAUGCAAAAGUUGCGAAGGUUCGCACGAGCUCAGCAUACAAUUCGCAUGCAAAGAUACCUUGCUCCCAGGAUGGCGCGUUGAUCACAUACUCGAUGAUAUUGAAACGAAAAUGAGUUCUAGCAUAGCAGAAGACUCAGCGGAUGAAGAAGAUUUCUUGACUCCGAAGUCAUCGAGGAAAGGCACUAUUGAUAACUUCCAAACGCCGUUGUCUUCGUUUCAGACUACCGCGAUGGACGCAAAUGGUAAUAAAGCUUCUUUAUCGUCUUCACCGCUCGCAAAAUGGCAUUCCGAUGACUUCAAAACUAGAAUUUCGGCACUCAAGCUUUCGCCAUCGAGAACGUCUUCAGUUCUACUUUCGCCAGCGCGUGCGCGUAAUAUAUCAGAUCUGCACAGUGUCCUCAAUUCAUUCGACGGUAUCAGCAUGAAUUCUCAGUUCACGGAAACUCCAUAUUUUAGAUUCACCGCAGAGGAUAUGAGGUACAUGAAAAAAUGGUGGAGAGCGCUGAUGAAACCCGAUUUGGUAUCGUUACGGAACGCGUGGAGGUACAAACAAUAUGGAAAGACCAAAGCAACGGAGAAAAGUUACGGUAAGACAAAAAAAGUGAAAGGCAAGUCUAUGGUUUCCAUAUUAUAUUCGAAACAACCGAGCUGGGAGGUAACGGCGGAGUAUUUGAAUUAUUCCUUACCGACAAAGGAGAAAGACGAAACUGUCCAAAGCAUAGCUGCUUUUUUGGAAGGAUUCAGUUACAUAUCUAACGCGAGUGAAAACUUGAACGUCCACGCGAAGGAUUUACGCAUAUUUUUACCCGAAAAAGAAGAAAAUGAGGCAACUUUUGAGCCGAAUCAAAUGAUAUCGGCAAAUUUCGACGAGACCAUGCGCGAAAUGUUGAGAGGCUCGAACACAAUCCCUUCGCCGCGUGCAUUGAGAGUCGGUGAUGGUAACGGUCCUAUCGAGAAUAAAGUCACUGCAUCGUCGCUGCGGGAAAUGGUCACGGACUCGAUGUUAGUGCUUGAAAGUCGCGAAUUUCGAGUACGCAAACCUUCGGCGAAAGAUGAGGUGCGAGUCGACGUGGACGCUCCUAGAGUAUUACUCGAAUCGAAAACGAGAGAAAAGGUUUUGACGUGGAUUCGUGAGAUGUGGCAAGCUUCGCUAGGCGAUGAUCCCUCAAUCGAGAAGCCACCGUCGAUGUUUGAAUUAGAAAAGCUCAGUGAAAAUCUGGUCGAUAUGGACCUUGAUCAAUACAGCAAGCAUAGAAAAAAUAUCAGUGCGACGAGUGGAUUCAGCGAGUCCUCGCAAUCGAACGCGAAAACUGCGAACACCGAAUUAGAUUUGCUGGAGUUGAUUAAACCGGGUGUCGUGAAUAAUGGCGGUGAAAAUGUUGUCAGCGAGAUGAAAAAAUCUCCUCCAACUCAAGUAAUUGCCGAUGAAUGUUUGUUCGUCGUCCAAAUUUCAGAACCGCAAAUAAAUUUACGAGGUAACGAUCGAAAUGGGCGAUUAUUACUCGCAGCGGAUAAUGGACUCGUUGUUGGUCGACGCGUAGUGUCUUCAUCUUCGGAUUCCUCUUCGGCGACACAGAAGCAACGGUUGGUAGACGUGAAUUUACACCACGUAGCAGCUCAUGUUGCACCUACAGACGUCGACCUCCGAGCUGGCGUACAAUGGCUCGAAGAUAAAGGCUCCGAUGAAGAAGUCACGCAUUUACAGCCAAAAAAAUCUAGCUUGCUGAGACAAAUCUUCGCUCCGUGCGAGAUGAUCUUCAAGCACUCCGUGCAAACAAGUGAUAGCGGUGAAUCUGACGAUUCAGACGCACCCACAAAAUUCUCUUUCAAAUCUCCAGAUAUUGACGCCACAAUGGAAUCCGAACAGCAGGCUGUACUAGUCGAUAUUAUCGGCUCGUUGUUUUUAACUCCAUCAAAUUUCGCGCCUCCCAGUCCGGAACACAACGCAGUCGCUCUGCUGAGGAAAAAAGGACAGAGAAGUUUAUUUGACCAAGAAGAUGCAGCUGCGUCGGCGAUCGUUGCGGCUCCUUUGUUGGAAUAUAUCAAAUCUAUCCACGCACUGAGACUACAUGACAUUGAUUUUCAGAAACUUGAAGACGACAGAACAGAAAUGACGACUGGCGGCGCGAAAGAGAACGAAGAUUUGAAGAGACGAGGUUAUCUUGAUGACGUGAAACGUAAAGAAAAAGCGUUGGCGAAAUCGAUACGGCGAGCGGAGUCCUUGACGAAGUAUAAUCGUAAAAGAGCGGCGAUGCAAAUGGAGUUGGAAAUCGAGCGAGGAGCGUGGGCGCUCAGAAAAGCCGGGAAGACGUUCAUGAAUGCGGAAAUUACAAAUCUAAGUCUUUCGCGAGAACGGCACGUCGAUUCAUCUGGCGUUACUCUUUUCAAAUUGAAGGGAUUACACUUACAAACUGUUGAAAAAGUAGUCGUAGGAAGAUGGCUUCUGGAUGAAGAUUGGGAUAACGUUCCGGCGGCGAUACGGACAAAACCUAAUUUUCUUCAAGUAUCGGCAUACCGCGCGGCGAGCCCACCAGAAGCACCAAUUUGGAAUCAUUUAGAAGUUCUCCUCUCACCGUUCAAAAUUGACAUCACGAAGGAAAUCUAUCAAAUGAUUUAUGACUACGCAUUUCCGUCGGAACGAGAGAUCAAGUCAAAAAAGAUGCACUUGGCAUUCGAAAAAGAGUUUCAGAAAUCAAAGGCAACCGUUGCUACUACUACUACUAAGACGACUUCGACAACAGCUACCAAAACUUCUACAGACAGUUUACCUAAGGUUGACGAAGGAUCAUCGAGAAAGACGGCAGAGGUUGUUGGUGGUGAAGACGACGACGACGACGAGGAUACAGCGCCCAUUUCUGGUCCAAAGGUUGUGCAAGUGAAAUAUUUGCGAUUCAACGAAUCGAAAGUGAAAGUGUCUUAUCACGGAUCAGCGGGUUCGUUCAAAGAUGUCAGACUGUUGCUCGAUUCCUACACUUGCGAAUCGUUUGAAGGAAGAUGGAGAGAACUUGUCGGGCAGUUGAAAGGUAACUUGGCAUGGUCUGCUCUGAAGUCGGUGACUGGAUUCGCGGGACGAAAACUUACCAAGAUUAAAGCUGCGGCGAACGAUGGUGCGGCAGUAGUAGUACCAGUCGCAGCUGUCGCACAGACUGCAGGAGAAAAUUUGAGCGACAGUAACAACGCGACCGCUCCGUUCGCGUCUUCAUCAAAACAAACCAGUUCGGUGAUGUCUCCCGCCAAGAAGAAAUCGAUUUUCAAGAAAUUGUUCAAAACGCCCACGAAGAACGAGAAAAACGAACGGGACGCGUUCAUGUCGGGCUUUAGCGCAAAAAACCCAGCUGAUAAAUAG